UUUCUGAGCUUUCAUUAAAGCUGUAGCUGUGCGGGUUGAAACCAGUUAGCUGAAACCGUGUGUUCUUGUCUUUCGAAGAGUGUUUAAUCAGAUUUUUUGUGGUUCGAGAAUUGAUAAGUUUUUGUGUUGUUGUGCCGGAAAAGUGUUUAUAGUAAACACUUGAAAAUCUUAUUCGUUCGUACAUUAAACUUGAAAAAAAAGUUGAAACCAAUUAAAAAUGGCAGAUGAAGCUCAAGCACCACCAGCAGAGGAGGCACCCGCCGCACCAGCCGAGGGAGAGGCCCCAGCAGCUCCAGCUGAACCCGCUGAACCAGCUGAACCAAUUAAGCACACAUACACGCUCUUUUACUUUAAUGUAAAAGCUUUGGCCGAACCAUUGCGCUACUUGUUCGCCUAUGGAGGCAUUGAGUAUGAAGAUGUGCGUGUAACACGUGAUGAAUGGCCAGCAUUGAAACCAACUAUGCCAAUGGGGCAAAUGCCUGUAUUGGAAGUUGAUGGCAAACGUGUGCAUCAGAGCAUUUCGAUGGCACGCUUCUUGGCCAAAACUGUUGGUCUUUGCGGUGCUAGUGCAUGGGAAGAUUUGCAAAUCGAUAUUGUCGUUGACACUAUCAAUGAUUUUCGUCUAAAAAUUGCAGUCGUUUCAUAUGAACCGGAGGAUGAUAUCAAAGAGAAGAAGUUGGUGACACUCAAUGCUGAAGUCAUUCCAUUUUAUUUGGAGAAAUUGGAACAGACUGUUAAGGAUAAUGAUGGACAUUUGGCAUUGGGCAAGCUCACCUGGGCUGACGUCUAUUUUGCUGGCAUUAUCGAUUACAUGAACUACAUGGUAAAGCGCGAUCUUUUGGAACCAUAUCCAGCUUUACGCGGUGUUGUAGAAGCCAUCAACGCUUUGGAACCAAUUAAAGCUUGGGUUGAAAAGCGUCCAGUUACUGAAGUUUAAAUAUCAACUCCAAAUUUUUAAAAAGGCAUGAUAAGUGUAAAGGCUUAAGAACGGAAUGAGACAGCAAAAUAGAUACUUAAGCUCAAAUAAAUAUAUCACACAAUCGCAACUCUACAAUCUACAAGAUAUUUUCAAACUAAUAUUUCAAUAGUACAUAUAAACAUAUGAAAACAACAAAAACACAAUAAACACAAACAACAACAUAAACAUAAAUUUUAAACAAAA